AUGCGACACGGGUAUACGGUGACGAUCAAUAAAACUUGUCUAUCUCAUAUUUCGUUUUUCAAUGCCGACACGGCGAAUUUAUGUGCGAGUAGUCGUAUGAGAAAUGUUUUUUCUGUGCGUCUAUUGUUUGAUGUAAUUAAGACUACCAAAAUUUAUUUUCGGUGAGUAUUUAAAAUUAUUGAUUAAGGUCCUAUGUACUAAUUGCAGUAGGUACAAUAUACGGUUAUGUUAUGGAUUUAUGAUACUUUUCAAAAUCAACAAUAUUGUUAUUAUUAUAUUUUGUUUUGUGUGUCAACGAACUGAUACAAAUUAUUUGUUCUAAAAUAAUUAAAUUUAAGUAUAUUUAAAGCAAUACAUUUUUAUUUGUUUAAUACUAAUGUAGGUAUAGGUAUAGGUAACGGAUUUUAAUCACGUAAAGCCAUAUUAUUUGUGUUAUAGGUAUAUAUAAAUAUAUAUAUAAAAUAAAAUUGAUUGAUUAUUUUAGAAUUUUUCGUUUUUAAUAAAAUUUAAUUUUUGAUAGUUUUCAUUAGCCUAUUUCUGUUACUGUUGCUUAACUAAUUUGGUUUUCUUCAUUUUUAUUGGCAGUGACUCCUUUGUAUUAUUGGUAUUUAGAUAUAAGAUCGUUUAUAUUGGAUUCAGCUAUAGUGAAUUUCAAGACUACGCUGAGUGAUGGAAAUAAAUGAUCACUGUGGGUCGAGUAAUAAUUUUUAAAUGCUUAAUGUACCUAAAUAUCUGUCAUACCGAUGAUUCAAUAAAAGUAGAAACGAUAUAAUAAACAUGAAUAAUAUAAGAUUAGAUAAAUAAAAGUUAUUUCAUAUAACAUUAUACUUAAAUCAAAAAUUAUGUAUUUUUAUUUUCUUUACAAUAGUAUUAAAUUUUAGAAUGUACAAUUUAGUUUGCGUGAGUCACACAACAUUUGUUAAAGGGCUGCGUAAUAGGGACCGCUGGAAUAAAUAGACGAAUGUCAGAAUUCAUUCAUUCCUUGUUUGGGACAAAUAGGUACCUACAAAUAAAUGAUAAUAAAAAUAAUUAUUUUAAGAUAUUCUUCAGUUUUUAAUCAUAUAUUGAAUAGAAAUAUAUAUUUUGGUUCUGCCAAAAUAUGAUUUUAUACUUUUAUAACUUCUUUGUCUACUCAACAUAAAUGAACUAAAAUUGAUGUACAAGCAAAACAAUAAGUACAGAUAAUAUAUUGGUACUUACAUUUGUGAAUUGACUAAAUUUGUACCUAUGAAUUAAUUAAGAAAUUAUUAGUUGAGGUUCUAAAUAAAGCAAAGAAUUUAUAUUUUACAGUGAUUUUAUUAUUUUUUAUACCGUGUACAAAAUUUCUUCUAGAAAUCUUGCUCCAAUUGAAAUAUGACUCUUUAUGUAGACCUUUGAUGUGACAUUUUGGCUCUAUACUCUGGCCCACAAGAGAUCAGUACCUUCACACGCAUGCAGAAUGACUGGCAGUGACAGUUCAGAGCUCUAUUUCACACUGUCUGUAAGUCGAUGAGUGGGGGAUGCAUGGAAUCUGACAAGUUUUGGUCGAAUAGCUGUACUGAUCUUUCGUGGGCUGGAGUAUAGUUGGUGCAUUAAGGAGGUCAUUUUUUGAAAUUCUGAUUAAUAUUUAAGAUAAUGAGGAAAAGUUAAAAUAGAUUAAAAGAUUAAAAAUAAGGUUAUUAUUGCAACUGUUUUUAUUUAUAUUUUGUUAUUAUUAAGUUUUUAUUAUUUUAAUCUUUAAAUCUUUUUUUUAAAUAAUUGUUGUUGUAAAAACGUACAUUAUUGAAAAAGAAAUACUAUUGAUCAAGCUCUGUUCAGAACCGUUUUUCGUUUGGAUCCCUAACCUAACAAUGAUUAAUCGUUGCAUACAGAUAUAAAUUAAAUUCAUUUUUAUAUCCACCUUCCCAACUUUACACCAACAACAGUGGCCUACCCCAUACAAAAUAUAUUAUAAACUUUACUUGUAUAAUACAUUUCAAUACUUCGUUAAAAGUUUUAAACCUAAUAUAUAGAUAUUUAGUGUUAUAUGAACAAUUUAUGUUUUUUAUUUGUGAAAUGAGUUGUAUAAAAUAAAUAUAUUAAAUUAAUAUCACUCUGUACUUUCUAUUAUAUUAUUGAAUAAAUGUACCUACUUUAUAAAUAGUUUUCUAUAAACUUACCUAUUACAUUUUUUUAAAAUGUUGAAAUGUACAUAAAAUAUGUUUUAAUACUUUUUAGAGCUAUUUGUAUAGUUGAUUUCAUAGUAGGUAUUCUCUUAAUAAAAUUGUAUUUAAAUUUUUUUCUCAAAUACUAAUUAUCAAUAAAAUAUAAAAUACUUAAUAUUUAAGAUAUUUUAAUUCUUAUUUUGAAAAGACUAUGCAUUAUUAUUUACUUAAACAAUUUUUUUUUUUUUAAUACUGUAGAACAUAAACAAGAAAUUUUCUGCACCUAUAAAAAGUAUUAACUUUUGUAAGUUACACCUAUAUUUAUUAUAAAUCUGUGAAUAAUUAUCCGUUAUAAGCAUUGUUUUUUAUAAUCCUAGAAUCUGUUUUAAAUUAACUAAAUAUGAAUUAGAUUUAAGUAUUUAACAUGUUUAACCAUCUUUGAAAUCUAAUGUUGAUUGAUUUCUACAUUAAUGUCUGUAUUAUACCUAGUAAAUUGUACCUAGUUUGUAAUAUUGUGAUGAGAUUCUGUGUUUUGUUUUUAAUAUAGGUAAUAAUUCGAAUAGGUAUUAUAAUAUUUUUAUUAAUAUUAUUUUAUUUUUUACUCCAUAGGAAAUUAAUGCAUUUGAAGUUAUUAUUUAAUUUUCAUCGAACAAUAUUUUCUGGUAAACAAGCAGUUCGUGUAUUAAGGUUACCAAAAUACCAAGUAAGAAUAAUAUUUAUCAAUUAUUAAUUAUUUUAUAGAUUUGAUUUUAUUACAAUAAAAAUAAUAUAUUAUAUAAUAUGUUUUCUUGAUUUCAUUAUUAUCUAAUAAUGGACUUAUUUUGAUUUUUUUUUCUUUUCUUAGUAAUAAAUAUAUUAUGACAGGCCAUAAAAUUAUUUCUACUGUAAUAUUGUUUUUCUAGCUGUAAUAAUUGCAUUAUUUUUAAUACAUUUAUUAUGUAAUAAUACUGUUGUUGGUACCUAAAGGAAUUGUAUUAUUUCAUUUUAUGGUUUUUAUUUUAGAAACCAAGUAAGCGAAAAAUGGCGUUAAAGGAAAAGGAAGGAAAACCACAAUCUUCAGUUUCAGAAUUAAAACCUUGGCCUUCUUACAUUGAGGUUAGAUUAAUAAUAACUGUUAUAAUUUUUCAAUUAAUUCAAACUAUUUAUUAAUAGUUUUCUCUAUUUCAGUUUUAAGGAUGUUUUGUAAUGCUUUAUCAAUGUUUACUAAUUAAAUCUACACAUCAUUUAUUUUUGUUUACACUAAAAUUAAAAGUUUUUAAAAAAUAUUAAAAAAUUGUUUAUCAACACUAUACAAGGUGUCUUAUGAAGAUUUUUUUUUGUUAUAAUUAAUAAAGUGCUGAUCCUUCUAGUUUGUAUUUUUAAAUUAACUACAAAUAAAAAAAUUUAAAUUAAAAAAAAAAAUACAUAAUAUUUAGUAGAGUAAUUUUGUAAAUAUAUUUUGAAAUAAAAUUUGGAUAUUACAAAUAUUUACUAAUGGUGUGAAUUGUUAAGUUUCUACAAUUAAAAUUUCUACAUUUAAAAUUUACUACAUUAUCAUUAUCAAAAUUGGUUAGUUAAUUAUUACCUAUUAUUUUUUUGAAGAUCAUGUACAUUUUUUUGUUCUUACUAUUAAAUAAUAUCAUUUGAUUCACUGAUUUGUUUAUAAAAUAUAAUUGUGUUAAUGAUUUUUGUAAAUUUCAAACAUUGUAGAAAUUUAACUAUUCAUUAGUAAAUAUUUGUAUCACCAAAUUGUUUCAACAUUUUUAAUAAUUUUAUUAAAAAUAAUUUUUUUAUUAUUAGUUUUAAAAAAAUUUUAAAAUAGAGAAAUUUUAUUAAAAAAAAAAAAUAUAGUAUAAUAAAAGGUAUUGUAUAUGUAUAUGUAUAGUAGUAUGCAUUGCAUAUUUCAAUAUGGUUUUAUCUUUGAAUUUUUAAAUAGGACCGAUUGAAGCUUUGGAAUAAACUUAAAGAACAACAACAAGCUGAACUUGCUAAUAAGGUCUUGGAACCCAUAACUGUCACUUUCCCGGAUGGUAAAACAGCUGAUGCAAUUGCUUGGAAAUCUACUCCUUAUGAUGUAGCUAAAUCCAUCAGGUUUGCAUAAAUAACUCAUUGUUCUAAUAUCAUGUAUGAAUGUUAAAUACAAUUUAAAAAUGUGUAUACAGCCAAGGACUUGCCGACAAUUCAAUUAUUGCUAAAGUAAAUGGUGAACUCUGGGACAUGGAUAGGCCACUGGAAACAAAUACAAAUUUACAAUUACUUAAAAUUGAUAAUGAAGAGGCACAACAAGUAUUUUGGCAUUCAUCAGCUCAUAUGUUAGGGGAAGCAAUGGAAAGAAUCUAUGGUGGUUGUUUAUGCUAUGGGCCACCAAUUGAAGGAGGGUUUUAUUACGAUAUGUUUAUUGGUGAAAAGGGGGUAAAAUUAUAGCAUUAUUUUAACAUGCUUAUUAGUAUACAGAAAAUUUCAACAUCUGAUAAAUAUUUGAUUAUUUUAGGUGUCGAACUUUGAUUAUCCGGUUAUUGAAAAUUUAGUUAAACACAUAAUUAAAGAAAAACAACCCUUUGAACGGCUUGAAGUCACUAAAGAGGAUCUACUGGAAAUGUUUAAAGUACUUAAAUAUACUCAAAAUAAUAUAAACUGAUAACAUUAAUUAAUUUUAAUUUACCAGAAUAUUUUAACUGAAUUAUACAUAAUAUUUUAACUUUACAACCUACUAAACAUUUUUCUUUGGUAAAGAUUUAUUUUAGGUAUCUGAAUUUAGAAUACUAGUAUCAUAACUACGAUGUCUGUAAUUGAAAUUAUUUUAAAUACAAUUUUUUGAAAUAUUUUAUUACUUGGAAGAAAGAAAAAGUUAUUUUCUAAUCUCAUGUUCUUAUAUUUUAGUACAACCAAUUUAAAGUGAGGAUCCUCGAAGAAAAAGUUACAACACCAACAACUACUAUUUACAAAUGUGGACCUUUAAUUGAUUUAUGUCGGGGACCCCAUAUUCGCCACACAGGAAAAGUGAAAGCUUUUAAAGUUAUUAAAGUAAAUGAAAAACUAUUAAUUAUAUUAUAUUCUUUUGAUAAAAUAAUAAUAAAUUAUAAUAUACUAAAAUGAAAUCUUAAAUUUAUCUUUUUAUAAAAAACAAAGAACUCUGCUACUUACUGGGAAGGAAAUGCUAAAGCAGAAUCGUUACAGCGUGUAUAUGGUAUUUCAUUUCUGGAAAACAAACAAAUGAAAGAAUGGGAGAAAUUCCAGGAAGAAGCUGCUAAGCGAGAUCAUCGUAAAAUUGGAAGAGUUAGUAAUUUCAUCAUAAUUAAAGUACAAUGAUGAAAACUUAAUGGUUGUAUUGUUAUUCAUUAGGAACAAGAACUUUAUUUCUUUCAUGAAUUAAGUCCUGGAUCUUGUUUUUUUCAACCAAGGGGUGCACAUAUUUAUAACACUUUAAUUCAGUUCAUUAAGAGUGAGUAUAGAAAACGUGGAUUUACAGAAGUGAUUUCUCCAAAUAUUUACAAUACUAAAUUGUGGCAAUUGUCUGGUCAUUGGGCACAUUAUUCUGUAAGUAUACUUUGUGUUGGUAAAAACGGAUUAUUUUAUUCGUAACUUCAUAAGUGUGUAAUGCAUUUUCUAUGUUAAAUACCUUUUUUACCUUUAUAUUAUAAAAAUUAAAGGUUGUAUUUUAUUUAUUUCACUUAAAAAUAAUAAUAUGGUUGGUAUCUUGUCUGAUUAUCAAGUAUUUUAAUAUUUUUUCAAUAAAUAAAAAUAAUAAUGAAUAAUGUUAAAAUAAUGAUUAUUUUUAUAAUUAAUUAAAAUUUAUUUUUAGGAAAAUAUGUUUUCAUUUGAUGUGGAGAAAGAAUCAUACGCAUUGAAACCAAUGAACUGUCCUGGACAUUGGUAUGCAUAUUUAGUAUAUUUAAAUAAACAUACUACAUAUUUUGUGUAGUUUUUUUUUUAUUUAUUUGUUUUAUAAUCAAGACUAUAAUAAAUUAUGUAAGAAAAUCUGGUAUAACCAAAUUAUUUUUCAUUGUGAUAUAGAUGUAUUAUAAAAAAAGCUGUUAUAUUGAGAACAGUAUGAAUGCUCUUAUUUAUUAAAUAACAAAUAGGUAUUUGUUAAACUAUAUAACUAUCUAAAAUACUAAACACUAUUAAAAUCACAAUUAAGUAAAACAUACAAUUGAGUAAUAAUAAUCAAUAAAAAAUUAUACAUUAGAUAAAAUAUAAAUAAAUUAUAGCCAGAAUUAUGAUUGUAUCAUUAGUUAGUAAGUUUAUAUUUAAAUUAUGGCAUUAAAAUAGAAAUGAAAUUGGUUUGACACUAUAAUUUAUAAGCAUACUUGAAAACUUAUCUCUUAACCCUAGUUUGCAUGUAUAUUGUUUGCCCAAUUGUUAUUACAUUGUUUUAAAAUUCACAGCUCAAUUUCUGUUUUUAUAUUCCAUUAAAUUUAAAUUUAAACUUUAAAAUUAUAAUUGGUGAAUUAAAUUUGAUUCAAUUUUAUGAUAUUAAUUUAAUUAUAUAUUCAAUUGGUUUAGAACAUUUUCACUAAAUCAGUUUCAUAUUUAUUUUGAAAAUUAAUAGGCGUCCUACAGAAUUUUCAAAAUGUUAAAAUUUAAAUUGUAUAUUUAUUUUUUUAAGGGGCAUACAAGUAUCCAGAGAAAAAUUAAAUUUUUAAUAUAACUUUCUCAACCACCAAAAAAAAUAAUUAUUUCAGUAUUUAAAAUUUUUAAAAUAGCUGAUUUGUAAUAAAUAUUAAUACAAAUUUUAUUCUAAAACAACAGUUUCUAACAGUUUCUUAGUAUUAGCUAUUUUAAUUUCUAGAAAAGAGAUGUGAAAAAUUCGUAUUCAAUAAAUUCCCAUGAUGAUACAGGUAAUAAUACUUCAUGGUUCAAUUUAUUCUGUACAUAUUACAAAUUAUUUAUUUUGUUAAAAAUUAAAACAGCUAUCUAUAAGAAAAUAUUGAUUGCAUUUUAAUAUAUAGUACAUUAGAAUAUUUAGAAUAAUGUCUUUUUCAAAAUAAUUUUUAAAAAUGUUGACAAGUGACAACAUUUUUUUGGUGAUUAAGAGAUGGAAAUUUUUUUUUAAUAUUAACUGAGUUAUUAACACCUGGAAAAUAUUGCAGGAUACUGUAUAAUAAAUUGAUUUAAAAUAUAUUUAGCCACUUUAAUACGUUUAAUUUUACUUUAAUUUAAAACUGUUUCAUUAUUUUAGAUUUUUAAUUCAUUAAAUAAGUAUACUGAGUUUAUUACAUUUGUUGUGAUUGCGUUUUUAAUCUAAAAUAAAAAAUGUUUAUGUGUUAAAUAUUAAAACACUGUACAAUAAUUAUUUACAGUUUGAUGUUUGAUCAACGUAAUAGAUCAUGGAGAGAACUACCACUUAGAAUGGCUGACUUUGGUGUGCUUCAUCGUAAUGAAUUGUCAGGGGCAUUGACAGGAUUAACACGUGUUAGGAGAUUCCAACAAGACGAUGCUCAUAUAUUUUGCACAACUAAUCAGGUUUAAAAAACAGAUUCCAGUACAUUAUUUUAAAUUAAUAUUUUAUUAACUUAUUCAAUUUGGAUAAUUAGAUUGGACAGGAAAUGAUGAGCGCGUUGGACUUCUUACGACAUGUAUACACAGUGUUUGGAUUUACUUUCAACUUGCGUUUAUCUACUAGACCUGAUAAAUAUCUAGGAGAGUUAGAAAUGUGGGAAAAUGCUGAAAAGGUAUUUUUAAAAUACAUGUUGGCAUUUAAUAGUAUUUUGUGUUAUUAUUUAAGUUUUUAAACAUCAAUUUCGCUUAAACCUUUUUAUUAGCAAUUAGCUGAUAGUUUAAAUGAAUUUGGUGAACCAUGGACAUUAAAUCCAGGAGAUGGUGCAUUUUAUGGGCCAAAAAUUGACAUAACUAUUUCUGAUGCUUUGAAACGUCAACAUCAGUGUGCCACUAUUCAACUCGAUUUUCAGCUUCCAAUUAGAUUCAAUUUAUCCUAUAUUUGGUAAUUAUUAGUUGUUUACAUAAUGGGUAUCUAAUCAAAUUUUUAGUUUUUAAUUUUACAAUAAUUUAUGUAAUAAAAAACAAUAUUCCAGUGAAUCUGGAGAAAAAAAACGUCCAGUUAUUAUACAUCGUGCCAUAUUUGGUUCAGUAGAAAGGAUGAUUGCUAUUUUAACAGAAUCAUUCGGAGGAAAAUGGCCAUUUUGGUUAUCACCUAGACAAGCAAUUGUAAUUUCUAUUGGUGUCCAGUAUGAUGAAUAUGCUGAAAAAGCAAGUCUUAACUUAUUCCUUUAUAAUUGUUUUUUUUUUUUUUAUUAAUAUUAUUUCAUUUAUUUUAGGUAAAAAAACAAAUAUAUGAAGCUGGAUUUAUGUGUGAUGUAGAUAUUGAUCAUGGUGAUACUUUAAAUAAGAAAAUCCGCAAUGCACAAUUGGCCCAGUACAAUUUCAUUCUUGGUUAGCAUUUUGUUAAUUCAUUAAUGAUGAUAAAAACGAGUGAUUUUAAUAAAUUAUUAUUUUAGUGGUUGGAGAGAUGGAAAAAAAUGCAAACACUGUGAACAUUCGAUCAAGAAACAAUAAUGUACAUGGUGAAGUCAGUAUUGAAGAGACGAUUACAAGAUUUUCAAAACUCAGCUUAUCUAAAACUAAUAAUAGUGAAGAAGAGUUUUGAAAAUGUAAAAUACAAUACAAUUUUUUUAUAUAUAUACUAAAAAGUAUUUAUGUGUUUCUUCUAACUCACUUCUGAUAACUAUUUCGGUAUUAUAUAUGAACUAUUUGUAUGUACACUGAUGCUAAUUUUUCAUUAAAUAAUUGACAAAUAUUCUAUUUGUCAUUUAAAUAUUUUAUUCUUGCAGUUUCUA